GAACAUCCUUAUUCCAAUCAAACUGUCAUUUUCGCGAUUUUCUUUCCAAGUUGGAUUUUUAAUUGACCCUCAUUUUUUAAUUUUAAUUUACUGAAUUUGCUGGCACAUUGUUUAUAUAAAUUUUGUGCUGUAAUCUGUGUCUCAGAAGCAUGGCAAGGCGGUGACAUCACGCGUUGGAUUCGUUGCAUCUGACGAUGAAUGCAAUCAUAAUCACCGACAGUGCCGGCAAGAGCUGCAUCUUGUGGUGCUAAUGGGUGUCCUAAACUGCUGAGAAUCAUGCUUAAACUCGCCACUCUAUGUGUCAAUUUAAAUCUUACGGUGACUAAAGUACGAAGGCUCUACGGGGUAGUUUUUAUUUAUUUAUUUCAUAUCAAAAAUAACAAUUACAGAGCUAAAUAGCUCGCCAUAAAACGCGAGGAUUUGUUCGCUGUGCUAAGUACAAAUACGAUUAACAUAAUUAAUAUUAGGCUAAUAGUAGGCUAGAUGGGGGAGACCGUUUACCGCCAGUCCGCAAUAAACGCUUAAACUGAACGCCCGUCUUUAAUUGGAUAUCCCUAAUAUUAAAUUGGCGACGAGGAUGGGAUCGGUUGAAGGUGCUGACGCAUUAAAUUAUCCGCCUCUUCGUAAGUUAACUCCGACGGCUUCUUCGGACUUGUUAAGUUAACGAGUAAUUCAUAGGGUUCAUCACCCAUCGUAGCGAUUAAAGUGGGUAACUUUUUAGGCUGGAUGGGGGGGCGACCGCUUCCCGCCAGUCCGCAAUAAACGCUUGAACUGAACGCCCGUCUUUAAUUGGAUAUCCCCAAUAUUACAGUUAGUUUCCUUCAAUUAUUUUUAUAGGUAUCAUUACAACUGUUGAGCGAGAGGUGAAUAGCAAAGUGACGUGAGGAGAAGGGAUCGUGCCGCUAACACCUGGACCGGGUAGUUUUUACGUAUCUACGGGUUGCUCAAAAAAUCUAUAUAUAUAAAACUCAAAGGUGACUGACUGGCUAACAUAGUGAUCUAUCAACGCACAGCCCAAACCACUGGACGCAUCGGGCUGAAAUUUGGCAUGCAGGUAGAUUUUAUGACGUCGGCAUCCGCUAAGAAAGGAUUUUGAUCAAUUCUAUCCCCAAGGGGAUAAAAUAAGGUAUGCAACUUUGUCAAUUUCAAACCGAUCGGGCUGAGACUUUGCAUGCAGGUAUAAGAAGAACCAUAGAUGAAUGUCAUUGUGUAUAAUACAAGCCUGAGAACAAAAAUCUGUAGUCUACACUUCAGCUCUACACCGAAGCGAAGCGAAGGCGGGCCGCUAGUAUGAUAUAUAAGAUGAUAAGGUGAUUGGGUCAGGGAAGGCAACGGUGUGAGUGAUAUUAUUGGUAUCUCAAUCGUCUAUCGGCUUAUGGUGGCCGUUUAUCAACAGACGGGACGGCUACGAUUAUUUGCCACCCUUCUAUAAUAUAAAAAUGAAUCGCUGCAUGUGUUGCUAAGCGCAAAUCUCGAGAACAGCGGAACCGAUUUCGAUAAUUAUUUUUUUAAGAAAAUAUUUUUUGAAGUACGAGGGGAAAUUUUAAAAAAUGUCUGAAAAAGUCCGAAAACAGCACUUUUCUAUACUCCCAUACAAACGAUUCGUAAUAAUACUUUAAAGUCAAUUUGAACUUUAAUACCAUACCAUAAAUUUCAAAUGUUAGUGAAGAGGUUCCGGGAAGGCAAAACAAUUGAGUGACGUGAUGUCAAUAGAAGUUUGGAAAAGGCAAAUAUACCAUUUUCAGUUUUUUUUAUAAUUAUAUGAAGAGUCAUUUAGUCUACACUACAGGUCUACUCCGAAGCGAAGCGAGGGCGGGCCACUCGUUUUACAUAAAAAUAAAAUAGUGAUUACUGAUAAAUCUAAAAUUUUAUAAUAGUUACCAAUCUUAUUAGCACGUCUGACUUUAAAUUUAUUCUAAAAUGACGUAUCCUUCCUUUGACGUAGCGUGUUGACUGACAUUCAAUGGUAUGUAGGGUUGUCAUCUUUAGAAAUGCAAAAGGCGGAUGGGAGUUCUUUAGCCUGACAGCGGACUAUUUCUUUACUUAUCUUUGUUUUCAUAUUUUUAUAGAAUUUUUAAAUUUUGUAGUUAUCCAAAAUAUUUAAAAUAGAUAUUUAAAAUCGUAUCUUUGAACGUACCUGCUAAAUAUUUUUACAAAGUGCGCUAGUUAAAAACGAAUAAAAGAUACCAACAGUUAAGUCUUGUGACAACAAUAAAGUCUAUUAUGAUUUAUUAUGCCAUUCAUUAAAAUAGAUCGUUCCACUUGUAACUAACUUCUCUUUAUCAGGUUCUUUAUAAGGUUUUCCCAAGUGCAUUUAUUAUUAUAAAUUAAUUAUAACCUCAUUUGACUUUGAUAACAUAGCAAGACGACAUCGUGCUCUUUGGGUUUUAGGUAUAACGAAUGAGUCAACUAUUACUGGAAGAACAUAAGUAUAGUAAAUGGAAAUAUUGUUUCUUUGAAAAGUUACCAUACUACAACUUUUCAAUUCUCUCUACUAAUUUCAAACUUAAAAUCGAAUUCACAAAAAUUUGACCGUCCGCUGUCUGACCUCAUUUGUAUUUUAUAAUAUGUAAGUAACAAACAUUUAUUUGUUUACUUUUACCACACCUCCAAACUUAAUUAGAAUACAUCUGUAAAUAUGAUGAGAUGAUAUAUCAUAAAUAUUUAUAUAGCUAGUGAUCUAUUUACGGUGUUGUCGUGAUAAUUUCAUUACGUUAUGUUAUAUAUUUUUUUUUAUGCAUAAUAGGCAAAGCGUUUGACCACAAUCUCGCUUGAUAGAAAGCGAUGAAGAGGCCUAGGAUGGUACACGUCUGCCUAAAAGAUGCCUGUUCACUCUGACCUAGAAGAUAUCCUGAUUAUAUUGGUCCGGGAAAACAGACCUUGGCAAGGAGUUCCACUCCCUAGCCGUUCGCAAAAUGAAGGCGGAAGCAAAACGCUUCGUGCGAAUGGGAGGAAAUGCCCACGACGAAGAAUAUAUUACCUGUUUAGUUAUAUCUGAAGUCGAAGAAUGGAGAACAAAGCGCGAAUUUUUGCUUCGUACCCCCAAGGGUAGGAAGCAGAUUUACUUCUCUUCAGAUGAUCCUAACACCAACGCGGCGCUUGUUACUGAUGUGAUUCUAAAAGGUAUGGAAUGUUUCAUUUCAAAUUCUGUGGUCCUACUAGGCGGCCGAACUCAGCCCUGGUUUGGUAUAUUUAUAGCCGAGGCCUAAAAGGUUUAUUGGUACCCCUACACUGGGCUUCUACUGUGGAGAAUAAGGCUAAUAAUUCAUCUGACUCGAAGAAGCCGUAUAACACUGCUUCGAGGUCCUUUAAAAAGCAAAUAAAAUGGGCAAAAUUCGAACAUGUUGGCAGGACUGGCGAAAGACUUGUGAGUUAUCCUACUGGGAGUUGUGCUUUCUGGACGCUCGCCAAAGCUAAAAAAGGCAAUUUUUGUUGGUGGUCAUCGUUGCCGCCUUUACGUUGCCAGGAGGUUCUCAAGCUCACACCGCAAACGAGAAACUCGAUCUCUUGGGCACACUCUUUGCAUCGAAUUCGACUCGAUGACAGGGGAAAUAUACCACUUACCAUUUAUCACCAUCAUCAUCAGCCUCUUUUUGUCCCCACUGCUGGGGCACAGACCUUCCCUAUGGAUGGAAUAGGGAGAUUGGGCCAUGACCCACCACGCGGGCCCAGUGCGGAUUGGCGGUUGCUAACGAUUGCAGAUGCAACCGGGACCAACGGCUUAACGUGCCUUCCGAAGCACGGAGGAACUUGAGAUAGAAAUUUUUGGUCACCCAUCCAAUGACCGACCACUGCGAAAGUUGCUUAACUACAACGAUCGCACCUGAACGUGCUAACCACCUGCGCCAUCGAGCUCCUCAUACCUACCAUUGCAAGGUGCAAAAUCACCAUCCGCUUUACUCCAAAGCGCUGUGCGGCGAGCUCCUUUUUCCCUCGAUAUCUGGAAGUCUAGUGGGCCGGAUGCAAUCGCAGCUAGCGUACUGAAAAUUUGUGUUCCAGAGCUCUCUCCAGUGCUGACGCGCCUUUAUUCUCACUCAUAUGCGGCUGACAUAGCCCCUCUUCGUGGAAGGUAGUCCUAGUGCACGCCAUCCCUAAAGUCCUGCGAAUACCCUCUAAGCUGCUUAGCGCGAAGCCGCGGGAUCCCCGUUUAGGGAUUCUCCGCGUCUCCGCACCUAGCAGCCUCCCGGCCAAGCCGGGGCUCCACGGCAGGGGUCUCCCGGGGUAUCGCGGGGACCCCGCAGACGUGCGCGGGUAGGCCCGCGCGCGGGGGCUGAGUACGCGGCCUAGUGCCCACCGUACCGCCCCCCCGUCCGCUGCGGAGGGCUACUUGGGCGUGCCCGUGUAGCUCCCUCCGCCGCCCCCCUCUUUGCAGGACAGAACUACAAGGGGGGGCUGCCGUCACGGGGUCCGUCGGUGGCCGGCACGGCCAUCGCCAUGCCGGUCAGCGAGGGACCCCUCGGGUAGGGUCAUGGGACGGGCGCAGCCAGGGCGCGCCGCCGUCCUCUCCUACCUGUCCUCCUUUGGCGGGAGGGAGCGGCCAGAGGAUCAUCCUCCCGCUCCCUCUCAGCCGCCUCCUUCUGCGAGAUGACGUUCUCGCAGAAGGAGGCGGCUGCCUCCCACGCCCUGUCGCAGUGCACGCCAUCCCUAAGAGUGGUUACCGUUCGGACCAAUCAAACUUUCGACCCAUUGUUGUUUUCUUACUUAGCCGAUUUUUCGCUAAUUAAGAAUUUAACGCCCGACAUUUUCGGCCGAUAUGCUUUAUUUUGUAGUGCGAACAGAAUGAGCUACUAAAAAUUAAAUGUUUUCAGUCACAUACGAGUAAGUUGUCAUUUACGUGCAGAUGAUUCACAUUAAUUUUAUUAAAUUUUAAUUUUGUUCUUUUUCUUAUUCAAAUACUAUAUCAUCUAAAUCUGAUAAAUGUGACGUGAUAUUUACCAUAUAAAUACCGUUUUGUAUUAUUUUUAAGACGAUUAAAACAAAUAUUAAUAAUUAACAAAAAAAUUUUAAAACGAAUUUUUUUCGCAGACUUGUGUCAAUAAUGAAAUUCAUUGUGUAUAAUACAAGCCUGAGAACAAAAACUAUAGUCUACCUACACUACAGCUCUACACCGAAGCGAAGCGAAGGCGGGCCACUACAAUAAUAUAAAAUCCACUGGUUUAAAUCCACAGUAAACAAAGGGCACAUUUUUUACAUCAAAAGUCGAAUUUGAAUGUUUGUUGUUUCAUUCAUAAUAGGUUUACUUAUUUGUUUAACAAAAUAAUCCAACACUUUUCCGUGUGAUUGUAGUGGUGUGGUGUGUUUUAUUGAAAUUUAUGUUAAUACUAGUAGGUAUGUUGGGUACUUCAACAGUAGCUUUUGCCUACCUAUGUUAGUACAUAAAAUUCAAAAUAACAUCGGAAGUACAUCAACAACACAUCAGACUUAACAUUAAAAUCUACACAGAUUUCUGAUCUAUGUAAUACUUAUAUGUAGUUUAUAUCGACGCAUACGCAUCAUGUCAUUACAAACAGCGGAUCACCUCACAACCACACCAUUCGUUUAAAGUCCGUCGCGCGGGUCGGACGUGUCGUGUGGCGGCAUGAGACUGUCGUAAAAAUUAAUGUUAUACGAUUUCAGAACGUUCAUCGAAUACUGGUGGAUUGUUGUGUUUUACAAUUUCAUAUUUUACAAACUGGUCGAUAGUUUCAUACGUUAUUUGCUCAGUCGUGUUGCCGACCUAUGGGAAUUGGACACCGAAGAUGAUUAGUGAUAUAGUAAUGCUGUGAUCGCGUUUUUUAAUUAAUUUAUUCAAUCUGUGAUAUUAGAGUUUUAUUUUUGUUUGUUGCGUUGUUGUUGUUUUUUUGUUAGUAAUUUAUUAUUCUUAAUUUGAUUUAAACAAUGACUGAAAAGGCUGGCGUCAUAACCAUACAUCAAAUGCGCUUGCACCGUUGUGAGGGGUGCCUCGCGGCCUGCGGGCGGGACCGCCCCGCGGCGCCGCUCCCUGGAAUCAACAGGAGCAAAGUGAUAAAACGUGCGAGACAUUCCCCGUAUCCAACUGUGAUGAACAAGAAGAACUGUGACGGCAUGGCGGAGCAGGCGCCGCCCACUCCGCCGGACGACGAUGCACCACCUAUGCCUUGGUUCGGCAUGGACAUCGGCGGCACAUUGACCAAGUUGGUGUACUUUGAGCCGCGUGAGACUAACAGGCGCGAACAGGACAAGGAGACGGAGGUGCUGAAGAACAUAAGGCGGUAUCUCACCAGAAACUCGGCGUAUGGGAAGACGGGCAGGAGAGAUGUACAUUUACAGAUGGAGAACGUCCGUAUACGCGGCAUCCGCGGCACACUUCACUUCAUACGGUUCCCUACAUCGGAAGUGGGUGCCUUUCUUCAGCUGGCUCGUUCCAAAGGCAUGGCUGAUCUGGUCAACACGAUAUACGCUACGGGAGGCGGCGCUUAUAAGUUCGAAGAGGACUUCAUAAAGGAGGUGAACAUGCGUUUGGCCAAAUUGGACGAAUUGGACGCGCUCAUAGCGGGAGUUCUAUUCGUGGACGCGAUGAAUUCACAGGAAUGUUACUACUGGGCACCUCCCGACGAGUUGCCGGUCCAUCAACACCCAGCCGAUUCCCCUCCGUACUCCGAAGCAGCCUUAAGCCUGUACGUCCGCAAGCCUUUUGACUUCUCGCGGCCAUAUCCGUUCCUUCUGGUCAACAUCGGCAGCGGCGUGUCUAUGCUCGUUGUCAACGCGCCCACAGACUACUAUAGAGUUAGCGGUACCAGUCUCGGCGGUGGUACAUUCCUCGGUCUAUGUUGUCUAUUGACCGGAUGCAGGAGCUUCGAGGAAGCCAUAUCUUUGGCGGCUUCCGGCGAUAACACCACCGUUGAUAAACUAGUACGGGAUAUAUAUGGAGGGGACUACGCGAGAUUCGGGUUGCCGGCUGAUUUGGUGGCUAGCAGUUUCGGCCAAAUGGCGUCGGCUGAGAGACGCGCUAAAGUGUCCCGUGAAGACUUGGCCCGCGCUACUCUGGUCACAAUCACUAACAACAUCGGUUCCAUCGCCCGUCUGUGUGCCAGCAAUGAGAAUAUUGAGAGGGUAGUGUUUUGCGGCAACUUUCUACGCGUGAAUCCGUUGUCUAUGAAACUGCUGUCGUACGCGAUGUCGUACUGGUCGCGGGGCGCGCUCAAAGCCUUAUUCUUAGAGCACGAAGGUUACUUCGGCGCAGUAGGCUGCCUGCUCCACUUAGAUAUGAAGCAAAAGAACAAGAGUUUGUCGAGAAACGCGACCCCCAUAGUUGAGCCUGGUCACGCGGACAGAUGAGCGAAAACCACCCUUAUGUCCUUAGAAAUAAAGCAGGCUUUACCGUAGCUGAUGUGCGAUGUGACCCUACCUUCUUAUUUCAGUUCAGAAGAUAACAGAUGAGCGAAAACCACCCUUAUGUUUUAAGAAAUAAAGCAGGCUUUACCGUAGCUGAUGUACCCCCUACCUUCUUAUUUCAGUUCAAAAGAUUGUAGAUGAGCGGAAACAACCCUUAUGUUCUUAGAAAUAAAGUAGGCUUUACCGUAGCUGAUGUGCGAUGUGACACUACCUUCUUAUUUCAGUUUAAAAGAUUGUAGAUGAGCGAAAACCACCCUUAUGAUUAUAGAUAUAAAACAGGCUUUACCGUAGCUGAUGUGCGAUGUUACCCUACCUUCUUAUUUCAGUUCAAAAGAUUGUAGAUGAGUGAAAACCACCCUUAAGUAGUUGGAAAUAAAGCAGAUUUUACUAGUAUUGGUGUACGAUAUAUCCCAACCUUCUUAUGUCAGUGUUAGCUACAAACAAAUUGUUAUACAAGACAACAGAUGAGCAGUAACCACCAUUAUGAACUUGGAAAUAAAGCAGACUUUACUAUGACGCGUGCGACGGACAAUCAGAUAAUUUUCAAAAAGUUGUCAAAUACCCUAUGUGUUUGACAAAUAUUUGAAAAAGAUCUUGCGUUAUUUACACGUUUAUAGGAACUCCAUAAAAAGUGGUUAUUUAUCAAUUUCCGAAAAUUGGUAAUUUAUUAAAAAAAAUCGUUCAAAUAUGGCAUUGAAUCCUUUCUCGGGGUAAUAUGGCGGUUUACCUAUGUGUGACAUGACGUCACUCGGCUCUCAUUCAAACGUUAAUCGGAACAAGACGUAAUGGAUAUGAUACUUUAUUCGAUUUGAUUUAUUGAAAGUUUAAAUCUAAAGAAAAGCUUUACUAGAAAAAAAAGUUCUUUAGAUUUAAACAUCUAGCAGUUAAAUGCUUAAAAAAAAUAAAAGCAUAACUAUUUUUUUUAUUUAUUUAUUUAUUUACUA